GGACUAUCUUAUCUUGCACAUUACGAUCCCCAUAUUCUCUCUGUUAGGUGCUACGAUGUCUUCACUAGACUCAUACAAGACACAGCUCCUCGAACAAGCUGCGCAAGUCGGCGCUCUCAAAUUCGGCAACUUCACGCUCAAAUCUGGCCGCAAAUCCCCUUACUUCUUCAAUGCUGGUCUUAUGUCAGAUGGCACCAUACUACACACAGUCGCACAAGCUUAUGCUGCCACCCUCUGCGCUGCGGCCUCCCCUGAUGUUCCCACGGUAGACCCCUUUGCCGACUUCGAUAUUCUUUUUGGACCUGCCUACAAAGGCAUUUCCCUCGCAGCUUGCACCGCGCUCGUGCUUUCAUCCAUGCAUGGUCGCGAUGUCAAGUUCGCAUACGAUCGGAAGGAAGCAAAGGAUCAUGGCGAAGGUGGAAAUGUCGUCGGAUGGCCGUCAGGUCGCAAUGAGAAAUGGCGUGUAGUGAUUGUGGACGACGUAAUGACCACGGGUCUCGCGGCAAGUGCCGCGAUAAAACUUGUGGCUCGGCAGGGCGGAGAGGUGGUGGGGGUUGUACAGCUGCUCGAUCGCGAGGAGUUUUCCGAGAUAGACGAGCAGGGAUGCAAGGUCAGCUCGGUGAUGAAGCUGGAGAGUUUGCUGGGAGGCAAGGGCAAGGUACGAAGCGUAUUGAAGAUGCGGGACCUAGUACAGUGGUUAGAAGAGAAGGAAGAACAUGGGGAGACGACUGAGGAAGAGAAGAGGAGUUUGCAGGCGAUGAGGGACUAUCGAGACACUUAUGGUAUAUCUUCGUCAUGAGGCUGUUACAUCUCAUUUUGGGAGCGGUGUAUUAUCAAGUGUAACUAUAAGUUAAAUAGAAUAGAACACUUAACUACUACGAGAGGGUUGCUUGCAAUUGGGAGGUUGUUCCCCCUGUUUGUAUUCUUUCGGCUUUGUGAGUUCCCGAGUCGACGCCGGCAGAAGCACUUACCAAUAUA